AUGAACUGGAACGUUUGCGAGAAUUGUCUCCAAGCAUUCAGAUUCUUCAGCAAAAGGUUGAAUCGUCAGAAUAUCAACUUUCUCUAAUGGGGUCUCUCCGUCGUCAAGCUGCCGAAUUGGAAACUGAAAAUGCUGCGUUAAAAAAAGAAAAAGUCGAGUGGACAAGUUAUUUAGAUCAGGAAAAAGACAAAAUCAAUGUUAACUCACCUUAUAAACUCUGUAAAGAACUUGCGUCGAGACGGAUUGAAAUUAAUAUGCUUGAAGAAAAAGGACGCCGUCUAGAAGAACAAAUAAAAGACAGGGAUAUGAUAAUUUCAGAAAAUGAAUGCAAAAUUAUACAGCUAAACAGCAAGUAUAAAUCUAUGGAAAAUAGGCUUACGAGCGAGCUUGAAGUAUAUAAAAGGGAGAAAAACUUGUUGCAGAAAGAAGUAGAAAUGUUGACUGAAGCAUUGAAAUCAUACGAUAAAGAAGAGCAACACCUACAAACCAAUUAUAAUGUGCAGAAAAUUGAACGUAUUCAAGUAUUAGAAAACUUACUUGCAACGUACAAAGAAAAGCUCGAACAAGUAUCAGCACAAUCACAUAAUGAUCUACAGCCAGAAGACCAAGCGAGUUCUUCUGAAAUAAACUUUCGUACGGUUGAAGUUUUGCGUCGUAAUGAAGAGUUGCAAGCAAUCAUUUAUGACCUGAAAAAUGAAAAUGUUAAUCUGCAAAAAGAGAUUACUUCUCUACAAAUGCAGAUCACUGUUCUUGAACAAAAGGAUUUAAAAAUACAUUCGUCAGAAUUGAUUAAGCAAAACGAAAUUUUACAAGAAACUAUAAACGAACUCAAAAACGAGAAUUUAUCAUUGCAAAAACAUGCAUCAUCUCUCGAUCAACAAGUUUUUGCUUUGGAGAAAGCAGUGGGGAGGGGCGAAUAUAAUCGCGAAACAACUCGAGUUUUGGAAUUGAAAGAUAAUCCUUCGUCGAGAGAUUAUGCUAUUCGUCAAAGCACUUUAGAUGCAUUAAAAACCGAAAAUAGUCAGCUUUUAGCUAAAUUAAAAGAAUUGCAGAAAAUGCUCGAAAACAAUCACGCAACACAAGUAGAAACGAUAGAUGGUACUUAUAGUAACAUCAUCGAUGUAAUACCGACUCAAAGCUUUACAAAUCUUGAAAAUGAGAAUAAACAACUUUUAGAACAGAUCGCAGAAAAAGAAAAGAGAAUAUCAAGGUUAAAAGAGGUUUGGAAAACUAAGGCUCAAGAAUAUAGAGAGGCCGUGUAUAGCCUCCUUGGUUAUAAGUUUGAUUUUCUUGAAAACGGCCGAGUUCGUUUAACAUCCAUGUACUCCGAACAAGAUGAUCAAUCGUUCGUUUUUACUUCAGAUGAUAAUGAUUGUGGUACUAUGCAAUUAGUUGGAGGAAAUUCAGAAUUCAUAAAGAGCUUAGAUGAUCUUAUAAAAUUCUGGGUAGUUGAACGUAGUUCAAUACCGUGUUUUUUGAGUAGUCUCACUAUGAAACUAUUCGAAAAAACGACAUCCGGGCCUGUCGGUAGGGACAUGGAUAUGAGUAUAUGUAGUACAGUAAAUCAAGAUAACAUAGCCGAAUAA